GUUGAGUAUUUUUUUUUGCCUGAAGGCACUUUCUGCAUUCUUCUUUCCGUAAAGAGGAUAAAGCUAUCUCAUCAUCAACCUCAGACCCACUUAUAGCCAAGUUCUCAAUGUGGUGUCCAACACAAGUGAUGGGGUCGGAGAGUCUUCAAAUGAACGGAUUCACCUGGAUCGAGCUAUAAAGGACAGCACUCCAAAGCCCAUCAUCAUUCUGUUCUCCAAUUAGCAAGCAAAAGUUUUGUCCAAAAGCGUUUGGACAUGGGCCGCGUGGUUCCGACUUCCCGGCUUUUGUCUGGAUCAACACAGCUGCUACUGAUGGUGCUGAUGCUGGCCACGGUCGCAAGAGUUGCAAAUGGUUGUUCCAUAUCAGGAUUGCAGGUCGGCGAGACGAGUGACACAAGCAUCACAAUCACAUGGACGAACAACAGCUCUGUCAACAGCUACACCUUCGAAUUGUACGACAACGUCCAAAACGCAUCCUCAAACUUCAGCACAGAUGGGAGCGCCUCCAACUUCACAUUCACGGGGCUGGUUGCGGGCAGGUCGUACAGAAUCCAUGUCACACUCGGCUGCUUCGGCUUCAGCAACUAUUAUGGCGAAGUGAACGCCCAAACAAAUAUGUCAAUUCGGCUCGCUGGGAAUGCCACCACAUGUCAGGGCCGGGUUGAGGUGUUCUACAAUGGCGAGUGGGGCACGGUGUGUGACGACUUCUGGAGCCCACAGGAUGCCAAGGUCGUGUGUCGUCAGCUGGGUUGUGGGCUCACUGCGUUUGCCGUGUCAUUGGCUUACUUUGGAUUGGGCAAUGGCCGUAUCUGGCUCGACGAUGUUCAGUGCUCUGGUUACGAGACUCGGCUUUCCGACUGUAGUCAUCCUCCCUGGGGGAUUCACAACUGCGGCCACAAUGAAGAUGCAUCAGUCAUCUGCUUGCAAGUGCCAAGUUACACGGUUUUAACCAUCACGAACAAGACUUCCACGACCAUGACAGUCUCAGGGACGACUUCUCUCCUGGAAUUGUUCUUCUACCGGGCCUACUUGCGAGAGACUGCGAGUGGAAACUUGGUUACAACAUUCCCGAUUUACUCAACCACGGCAACAUUUACUGGCCUGAUUCCUGGAAGAAACUACUCCGUGUCUGUGGAGGCUUCCAAUACAACCUUUUCAUACCGGUCAGAUGUGGUCACGGACAGAACUUUGCCUCCACAAGUCAAUGUCACCGUCAUCGUCAACAGCUCUGCAGCCAUGAUGGUCUCAUGGGUGGCUCCUAUUUCAGAUAUUGACUACUACAGAGUCUACUUAAAUGAAACUAACAACGCAUCAGUAGCAUAUCACUUCAAUUUUUCCUCCAAUGUUACAACGCAGCGCUUUUUUGGUUUUGUUCCUGGUAGAAGUUACCAGAUAUCUGUAACAGCAUACAGUGGCAUGAACUCCCAAUCAUCAGCCAUCGUUACUAAAAGGAGCUUGCCUCCACAAGUCAAUGUCACCGUCAUCGUCAACAGCCCUACAGCCAUGACGGUCUCAUGGCUGGCUCCUAUUUCAGAUGUGGACUACUACGUGGUAUACUUAAGUGAAACGUACAAUGCAACAGCAGUGAUGAGCUUCAUUUUGUACUCCAAUAUUACAACACAAGCAUUUACUGAUCUGGUCCCUGGUAGAAGUUAUAAUGCUUCUGUAACCGCGUACAGCGGCAUCAACUCCCAACCGUCAGCCAUUGUCACAAGCAUAACCUGUAAGUAUAUGCAUUAUUUAUAAUCAGACAAUUAUGUCGGUGAGCACCAAAGAUGAAACACGUUUUCACAAUCAAGAACAAUCACCAUAAAUAUAAUCCAUGUUUUUAUUACAAUACAUUUGUAAACAGCCAUAAUGUAUUGUUGUUUUUGAUCCACGUUAAAAAUAAUUGAAUCAUGAAUUCCAAAAUAAAUAGUCAUUAAAUUAUAAUACAUUGCAUGAAUAUACAAAGUUUAUUGUAUAUUCAUGCUUGUGUUGCGAUCAAAACGUCGUGAUUUGUUUAAUUUUAUUUUAUAUCUAA